CCUUCCGCCCCAGCCACCUGCAGGUGCGCGCGGACCUCCACGUGGUGCCACACAGUACUUAAGGGCCGCCCCCAGCGCGUAGCUGUCUACCAGCCCAGCGCUGCCCUCCUUCCCGGAGACACCGGAGGCUGUGGUCUCGGAACGCACCCCGCUGCUGGGGCUGUCGCGGUGACAUGGGCACCCCGGGCCAGCUCUGGGUUUUCUUGACUCUCCUCGCGCCAGGGGCCUUCGAAAUCUUUUGUGGCCCUCCUCCUACUAUCAACAAUGGCCGGACAAGUGCCAGUUAUGGACGCAUAACUCUCAAUACUGUAAUAAGAUAUACAUGCUCAUCUGGCUUCCGCCUCAUUGGUGAAAGAGUUCUUCUUUGUAUAAGUAAAGACAAAGUGAACGGGAUCUGGGACAAACCUCCUCCAAUAUGUGAAUAUUUCAAUAAAAAUUCCUUCUGCUCUGAGCCAGUAGUACCAGGGGGGUACAGAAUUAAAGGAAGACCACCGUACAUACAUGGUGAUUAUGUGACAUUCACCUGUAACACCAACUUCACCAUGAAAGGAAAUAAAUCUGUUUGGUGCCAAGCAAAUAAAACCUGGGGGCCAACGCCACUGCCAAUCUGUGAGAGUGAUUUCCCUCUGGAGUGCCCACCACUUCCCCAGAUUUCCAAUGGAUCUCACUCAGGGAAAACUAGUGACCGCUUUGCCCCAGGAUCGUCUGUGACAUACAGCUGUCACACUGGUUACAUGCUUGUAGGACCAACAACGAUUACAUGUUUAUCUUCGGGCUACUGGAGCAGUAAGAUUCCUGUGUGCAAAGAGGCACUAUGUGACCCUAUAGGACAAUUUCCCAAUGGGCAGGUCACUGAACCCGCAAGUCUUCGUGCUGGCGUAACUGUGCAGUUUUCCUGUAAUGAAGGGUACAGAUUACAAGGCUCCUCCUCUAGUAAGUGUGUGAUUAUUGCUGGGAAAGCUACAUGGACCAAGAAGCCAGUGUGCGAAGAAAUUCUUUGCCCACCACCUUCUCCUAUUCUCAAUGGAAGACUCAGCUCUUCAACAAAUGUUUCAUAUGGAAGCACUGUAACUUACACUUGUGAUCCAGACCCUGAGGAAGGAGUGACCUUCAUCCUUGUUGGGGAGAAAACUAUCCAUUGCACCAUGGACAGUCAGAAGAUAGGGACCUGGAGUGGCCCUUCCCCAUACUGCAAACUUUCUACUCCUGCGGUUCAAUGUCCUCAUCCCCAAAUCUUAAGAGGUCAAAUUUUUUCUGCACAGAAAGACCAAUAUUCCUAUAAUGACACUGUGGCAUUUACUUGUGAUUCUGGCUUCACCUUGAAGGGCAGCAGGAGAAUCAGAUGCAAUGCUCAGGGUGCAUGGGAGCCAUCAGUACCAGUCUGUGACAAGGAUUGUCAGACACCUCCUCAUAUCCUCAAUGGGCACAAGGACCGACACAUGGUCCGGUUUGUCCCUGGCACAUCUAUAAAAUAUAGCUGUAACACUGGCUAUGAGCUGGUGGGAGAAGAAUCCAUCCAUUGCACCCCUGAAGGGAAGUGGACACCUGCUCCCCCGCAGUGCAAAGCGGCACAGUGUAAACCAUUAGGACCUCAACUUUUUAAAAAACCUCAGGAUAGAUAUGUUAGACCAGCUGUUUAUUCUACUUGUGGUGAAGGGUAUCGAUUAGGUGACAAUGCUUAUCAGCUGUGUCAAGGAAAAAUUCCUUGGUAUAUGGAGAUCCGUCUUUGUGAAGAAAUCACCUGCCCGCCACCCCCUGUUAUCUAUGAUGGGACACACACGGGAAGUUCCUUAGAAAAUAUGUCAUAUGGAACUACGGUCAUUUACACGUGUAACCCUGGGCCAGAGAAAGGAGUGCAAUUGGACCUCAUUGGGGAGCAUGCUAUUCGUUGCACAAGUGAUGAUCAAGACAGGGGCACCUGGAGUGGUCCUGCUCCUCUCUGUAAACUCUCCCUCCCUGCUGUCCAGUGCUCAGCUCCCCACGUUGCCAAUGGAUACAAGAUAUCUGGCAAGGAAGCCCCAUUUUCCUACAAUGACAGUGUGACAUUUAAGUGUAAGAAUGGAUUUAUUUUGAAGGGCAGUGGUCGAAUUCGUUGCAAAGCUGAUAGCACCUGGGAUCCUGAAAUUCCAGUUUGUGAAAAAGAAGGAUGCGAGCCUGUGACAGAGCUCCCAGCUGGCUCCCGAGUGGAACUUGUGAAUACCUCCUGUAGAGAGGGGUACCAGUUGAGUGGAUAUACCUAUAAGAAGUGUCAAGACGCCAAGAAUGGAGUCUGGUUUCAAAAAAGUCCACACUGUGAAGCUAUUCACUGUGAGCCUCCACCACUGAUUGCCAAUGGGAGACCCACAGGCAUAAUGGCAAAACAGUUUCUGUAUGGGACUGAAGUCUCUUAUAAAUGCAACCCAGGAUUUUAUCUUUUGGGAGAGAAAAACUUACAGUGCAGAAGUAAUUCUGAAGGACAUGGAGCUUGGAGUGGGCCUCCCCCACAGUGCUUACAAUCGCCUCCUGUAACUCACUGCCUUAGUCCAGGCAUCAAACAUGGAUAUCUACUCAACAAAACUCAGUCGUCAUAUUCUCACAAUGACAUAGUGUAUGUUGCUUGCAAUCCUGGCUUCAUCAUGAAAGGCAAUGCUUUGAUAAGGUGCCAUACGGAUAACACAUGGGUGCCAAGUAUACCAUCCUGUAUCCGAAAGGCUUUCAUAGAGUGUCCGCCUCCACAAGCAGUCCUCAAUGGGAACCAUACUGGUGCAGAUGGAACUCAGUUUUUUCCUGGAAUGUCUGUGCUGUACACCUGUGACCCAGGCUACGUGCUGGUGGGGGAACCCCUCCUGCUGUGCACCCAUGAAGGGACCUGGAGCCCAGCUGCCCCUUACUGUAAAGAGGUAAACUGUAGCUUCCCUGAGAACACAAAUGGGAUCCAGAAGGGACUGGAGCCUGAGAAGAUGUACCAGUACGGGUCCAUCGUGACCAUGAAGUGUGAAGAUGGAUACACCCUGGAGGGCAGUCCCCAGAGCCAGUGCCAGGAUGACCAGCAGUGGAACCCUCCUCUGGCCGUCUGCAGAUCCCGUUCACCUGCUCCUGUUGUUUAUGGUAGUAUUGCAGCCCCGGUACUUGUUCUCCUGUUGAGUAUCGCUGCCUUAUGCAUGAUAUCAAAACUCAGAGUACGCAGUUACCGUACAAAUGCAAAGCCUAAAGAAGAUCUUAAUUUAGAAACACAAGAAGGAUACUCCAUUGAUCCGUACAGCUCAGCAAGCUAAUCUGAAGAUAGACUGAAAUGAUUCAUUUCAAUGGGUCACCUGCCUUGGAAACCAGUGAAACAUUGCCUGGAAAGAAGCCACUUUAAAAUCAGCAAGUCUCUUUGUGUAGUCUCAAGAUCAAUGUGAUAAUUUUUUACAAGCUAUGAUUUCCUACAUGCUCUUAUUCUCAUGAAGAACAAAGAAGGUUUGCCUAAUGGUAAAGACUGGAUUCCAGUUUCACAGCUGUGCUGGGCAAGGACUUUGAAGCUUUGCUGGUUGCUGGCCUGAAGUCAGGCUGUGGUUACAAACAAAUACAUGGCUAGAAAGGUGUCACCUUCUUUAGGAAGGCACUAAAAGUGUUGUCCUGGUAACCAGAGCCAUCUUCAUUUUUAAACAACAUUCUUACAAUUACUAUAUGUUUUGGGUUGCAAUGUAGCUAUAACUAUUUAAACCAAGUUUGAAAUACUUCCUCUGUUUGUGUUAGGCACCUUUAUCGGGAAGACUAGAUUUCCAUCUUUCAUGUGGUUAAGUAUUUCACUUUGAUCCUCAUUGGCCAGGGAUAUUUCCUCACAAUGCUGUAUGUUCUUUGUCUUUCCAUAACCAGUAAUUCUAAUUUGUACAAAGUUUUGGUGUUUUCAUGUUGCAAGAAUCAGGAUUUAACUUUAAAGACCUGAUGUAAAAGUCAAACUUUGGAUAUUUCCUUAGAAGUCUUCUCAUGAGCUUACAUUAGUAAUGUGUAUGUAUAUCAUCAUCAAAUAAACAGUAUUGUAAAAACACAA